AUGGCACCAAGAUGGAAAGGAAAAGAUGCACAAGCUAAAAAGGAUGCAGAAGCUGAGGCGCUCAAGGAACCCAUGUCAAAGAUUGUAUCUCAACUUAAGUCUUCUCUAGUUCAAUCAGAUAUUUGCGGAUUUCUCUCUGAUAAUAAUGUACAGUUAGCAGUGGGAGCAGAACAACUUGAUCUGUUUGAUAAAGCAUGUUUUGGUCGACCUGUGAGAACAAUUGAAAAGGACAAACACUGGUUUCAAUUAAGCUUUGAGGAGGCAUUCUACCUAUGCUAUUCCUUGAAAUGCCUUAAGAUUAAUGGCAGUGAUACUGGUUCCCAAAAUGAUGAAGAGCUGUGGCAUUACAUGAAGUCCCGUAAAGAAACAUUCCCUUGUUUCUACAAGGCUUAUUCCCACCUUCGAAUGAAAAACUGGGUAGUGAGGUCAGGAUCUCAGUAUGGUGUAGACUUCGUCAUCUAUCGACAUCAUCCAGCUCGUGUCCAUUCUGAGUAUGGUGUGCUUGUUUUAUCAGAUGGGGAAGAUAAAGAUCUAAAUGGAAGAUUGAGAAUAUGGUCUGAUGUUCAUUGCACAACUCGACUUGUUGGAAGUGUUGCAAAAAUCUUAUUGGUUUUACAUGUCAAUAGAAAUGGUAACAACAACGACUCUCCGUUAUGUCUGGCAAACCAUACCGUUGAGGAGCGCACAAUCACCAGAUGGAGUCCAGAGCAGAACCGUGAGACGAUGUAG